GACUCGGCCGUGUGAAGACACUCCGCUCUGAGAGGACUGUGUGGGUGCCCAGAAAUUCAACGGCCGUCCAGGGAUCAGUGAGUCCGUGCGUCCGAGGAGUGCCUUGCCGUGUGUGCCUUCGACUUCCAAGUGGCACGGGAUGGCCAUCUGAAGAGUGUGCCUGAAGAGGAAGUGUGUGUGUGGCGCACGAGAUUGGAUCAGCCAGUGCUGUGGAAAAGUUGUGCAAAUUGGUCAGCAUUACAUCACGUUGAAAGAUGACGAGACUGUGGUGGAGAUCCGUGAAUCUCCUGACAUGGUGUGGCGCCUACCUCAUCCUCCAUAUCACACUCCUGGACACUGCCCAGGCCUUCAAUGUGGAUACAGUGAAUUAUGUGAAGUACGAGGGACACCACGAUGCCAUGUUCGGAUUCAGUGUGGCCCUGCAUCAGGAGUCCCAGCGGAAAUGGAUAAUUGUGGGAGCCCCACAGGCGGACACUUCCGCCAUUCAGCCAGAAGUUAUCAAAGGUGGAGCAGUCUACAAAUGUGAUCUCGCCUCAGAUAGUCACUGCCAAAUAAUUCCCUUCGACCGAAAUGGGCCUCAGAGGAACGAACAAAAUGAUCGAGUGGAUACAAAAUCUUUUCAAUGGUUUGGAGCAACCGUUUCCAGCUCAGGAUCCGAUGGACCCGUUGUGGCAUGUGCUCCAAGAUAUGUCUUUCACACGAUGUCACCGCGCAAAGUUGAAAGAGUGGAGCCCGUUGGAACAUGCUAUUUGGCAAAGAGCAAUCUGGCUGAGUUUACAGAGUAUUCACCGUGUCGAACAAUGUACUGGGGCUAUCAUCGUCAAGGAUCUUGUCAAGCGGGCUUCAGUGCAGCAAUAUCGAAGAAUGGUGAACGAGUCUUUAUUGGUGCUCCUGGCAGCUGGUAUUGGCAAGGACAAUUGUAUUCAAUGCGCGCUGGAAUUGAAUACCCAUAUAAGCCACCAAGAUACGGACAGUACGGCGAAGGAGGACAAAUUUACUCCACGGGAAUCUCAAAUCCCGGCGUGAAGGUGUAUCAGACGAGCGAGAGUACAGCUUCUGAGGAUGAUUCGUAUCUCGGCUACUCGGCGGUGAGUGGAGACUUCAGCGGAGAUGGUGUGGCCGGAGUGGCUGUGGGAAUGCCACGAGGUGGAGGACUGCUGGGAAAAGUGCUCAUCUACACGUGGAAUCUCACCAAUCAGCAGAACAUCACGGGAGAGCAAAUUGGAGCGUACUUUGGCUACUCUCUCGCCGCUGUGGAUGUGGAUGGAGACAAGCUGGAGGACCUGAUCAUUGGGGCGCCCAUGUACACGGAGCCCAACAAUGAGGGGAAGUAUGAGACGGGCAGAGUGUAUAUCAUGUACCACAAUAAGAAGUUCCAGGAGCUCGACACGCGAGACGGCACGACGUCCAAGGGUCGUUUUGGUCUGGCGCUAACAUCUCUCGGCGAUAUCAAUCUCGAUGGGUAUGGGGACUUUGCCGUAGGGGCGCCAUACGAUGGCCCGCGAGGUCAGGGAGCAGUUCACAUAUUCUAUGGCUCGAGCAAAGGACCCCUGCCGAAGGCUUCCCAGAUUAUCUACGCUGAAGAUGUCAUUGGGACGCCCUAUCUCACCACUUUCGGCUUCUCGCUGGCGGGUGGCAUGGACCUGGAUGGGAAUCAGUACCCCGAUCUCGUGGUUGGCGCUUAUGAGGCUAGCAAGGCCAUUGUGUUCAAGUCUCGACCCGUUGUGGUGCUGCACGCCAAUGUGGGCUUCGAGACGGACAACAAGCUGAUCUCGCUGGAUGAGAAGAAUUGCACCACGUCCAGCAGGCAGAGGGUCACGUGCGCUGUGAUCAACUCCUGCCUGAGGUAUGACGGGAUAAAUGUGCCACCGACAAUUGAUAUUGAAAUCUCGUGGAUAUUGGAUUCGAAGAAGUUGCGACAGCCGAGGAUGUUCUUCCUGAACGAGGAGAAUAGGAACAUCAGGAAUGCAUCGAUGAGACUCUCGCGCGGGAGGAGUGACUGCAGGAAGGAUCGAGUGUACAUUCCGGAAACCAUUCGCGAUAAAUUAACAUCACUGGAAGUUGAGAUGAAGUACAAUUUGCGAACACAAUCACCUCCGCCUCUCCAGUCAAUCCAAUCCCGGCGUCGACGUGCUGCACUCGAGCCGAUUCUCGAUCACAAUCUGGGACUCAUCCAGCGUGACUCUAUUCAUAUUCAGAAGAAUUGUGGACCAGACAAUGAAUGCAUUCCAGAUAUUCGAGUGGAGAUCAAAACUGUGGAUAAAUUCUUGCUGGGCUCCAAAGAUUUGCUGACAUUUGAAGUGUUGGUGACCAACGGUGGUGAGGAUGCCUUUGAGACGAGCUUCUACAUGACAAUUCCGCCAAGUGUGAAGUACAAGAACUUGAGGCCCAUUGGCGAUGCUCCAGCAACGCCGAUCACGUGCACGGCGCCGACUGAGGAGGUGCAUUUGCUGAAGUGUGACCUGGGAAAUCCCUUCCCGUCCGGCAAGGCCGUGAAGUUCGAAGUGGCUCUCAAUCCCACAUACAGUGCCAACAUGGAUCCCAGCUAUGACUUCUUCAUUGAGGUGAACUCGACGAAUCCAGAGCGCGAGGGCAGCAACUACGACAACAUCAUCAGGAAGAAUGUGGGCAUCUGGCUCGAGACAGAGCUAAAGAUUAGCGGAAAAUCCCAACCGGAAGAGAUUCACUACAACAUCUCGCAGUACACGGAGUUCGAGAAUGCAACGUCUGAGAAUGAUUUGGGGCCUCAAGUGGCUCAUGUGUACGAUAUUCAGAAUCUUGGACCAUCUGUUGCUGAUGAAGUGGAAAUUUACGUCAUGUGGCCUUAUGAAACGCAGGAUGGGAAGCCACUCAUGUACAUGAUGUCGCCGCCAGAGCUGAAUGGGAACAUCUACUGUGAUCCCAGUGACUAUAUCAACUACAAGCGCAUUGAGGUGGAUCGCACGCUGGCCACCAAGAGCAUCUUGAGGCAGAUCGGCGUGCAGGAGCGCGUGGCAACGCAUCACAGGGCUUCCAGCCAAGGGCAUCGGUCCGAAGUGACGGUGGAGCAUGGCGGAAGGAUGAGCGGAACCAGGGGAUCGCACGCCUACGGGAAUAGGAGAUUAAGCGAGGAUGAGAAGAAGCGGCUGGACGCUGAGGAGGAUGUGGAAUCCACUGGGGAUGCUUCUCUGGUGCACAGGGAUCGUCACAGUCAGCAAGCUGCAGCUGGAGUGUGGUCUAGUGGGAGAACGGGAACUGGCAGUGGCCACUUCCAGCACUCCUGGAGUUCAUCCCAGGGCGGAGGCUCGCGAUACUCUUCGGGAGGAAGCAAUGCUUCUUACUAUGGCGGUGGCGAUAGUCGCAGAGUUGCCUCUGCCUACCAGGCGUCAUCUCCAGCUCCCUACUCUCGACCCACACCGACUGUCUACCGAUCGGGGAUGUACAAGUUGGAUGACGUUCCGUCGGAGGAGCAUGUGAAUCAGGACAUCUCUCGACUGAGUGCCAGAACAGAGACUUCCACUGCCAGCACAGGACGUCGAAGGAUGAUGAGCCAGCAAGAUGGUGAGGCGCCGAGACCGGAUCUCAUUACGGGCGCCUCGCCACUCGAGAAGGCUCUCCAAAGCGCUGGACAUGGUCAAUUCCACACGGCGACAGUGGAUCUGGGUCAGUUGGGGCGCUCCAAUGUCGAUGAUGAAUUGAAUCGACGUGGUCAGGCAGCGCACAUUGCCAAUUCUUAUGAUUCUGGAGCUCGUGGCAGGACUUACAAUUACCAGCAACAGUCUAGCGGUGGAAGUAGUCGCACUGCUUCGUCAUCUGCCUCAGGAUACAACCAGGGCAGGCAAUCUUCCUCUGCCUGGCACGUCAGCAGUCCCGAUCCUCUGAGCGAGGAGGAUGAUUACACCUUGGAAGAGGAGGAGUAUGAUGAUGUGGAGGACAACGGUCAGCCGGCUGGACAUCGGCCAUCACAUCACGGCAGAGUGCCCGAUCGCUUCCAACACUACAGACGCUUCCAGAGAGCCGUCGAAGACGAUGACGCUGAGCUGUAUAAAGAGUUGCACUGCAAUGUGACCAAGUGUGCUAUUAUCCGGUGUGUCGCCUACAAUUUGGUUAAGGAUGACAACGUCUACAUUGCCAUAAGGACGCGUCUGGUUGCCAGAACGCUGGACAAAUUGACUCUGAACACUCCCAUUGACUUGUCCACGAAGACUGUGGCUAGAGUGACCAAGCAACCGUUCAUUGGGGAGCCAAAGGAGAAGCCCAUCAAGUCCUUCGAGGUGCCAGUAACGGCCAUUCCUGAGCCCAUCAUAAAGCCCGAUGUCGUGCCUCUCUGGGUUGUGGUGUUGUCCGCCUGCGCUGGAGCCAUAAUCCUGCUUCUUCUGAUCUACUUGCUGUACAAGUGUGGCUUCUUCAAUCGCAACCGCCCCAAGGAUCACUCCCAGGAGCGACAGCCACUGAAUAGAAAUGGAAACUAUCACGGCGAUGAGCAUUUGUAGAGAUUCUAAGGCACGCAAC